AUGUUUAGAGUAAUUCAGCAGUACCCGCGCCUGGUGCCUGGAUGUGCUUUGAACUAUGGUGCUAGAUUCUAUUCUGAAAGUGCUGGCCUUUUGUCGACACAAUUGGAUGAAAAAUGGAAAAAGAUCUGGAAAUCACAUCCUCCUAGAGCAGAUGCUGCUACUAGUGAUACGUCCAAGGGAAAAUAUUUUGUUUUGUCCAUGUUUCCAUAUCCAUCAGGAAUCCUUCAUAUCGGCCAUCUCCGUGUAUAUACUAUUAGCGAUGUGCUAGCAAGAUAUAGACGACUGAGUGGAUACGAUGUAAUUCAUCCAAUGGGUUGGGAUGCUUUUGGACUGCCAGCAGAGAAUGCUGCUAUAGAGCGUAAUGUGGACCCUGCUGUUUGGACCUACUCCAACAUUGAGAAAAUGAGGGCACAAAUGGAUAUAAUGCUGGCUGAUCUUGAUUGGGAUAAAGAGGUCAUUACAUGUUCUCCAGAAUAUUAUAAGUUCACUCAGAAACUGUUUAUUAUGUUGUAUGAGUCAGGCUACGCUUAUAGAAAGGAGGCAGUUGUAAACUGGGAUCCUAUAGAGAAGACUGUGUUAGCCAAUGAACAGGUUGAUAAUGAAGGAAGAUCCUGGAGAUCUGGUGCCAUUGUCGAAAAGAAAAAGCUGGAGCAGUGGUUCUUGGCUAUUACCAAGUUGGCACCCCAGCUGCUGGACGAUCUGAAAGUUCUUGAUAAAUGGCCCAAAAAAGUCAAGACAAUGCAGAGAAACUGGAUAGGCAAAUCUGAAGGUGCUGAGAUCCAGUUUCUGUUCAAUCCUUCUUCUGAGAAUGGACUUAUCUCAAAGCUUGGUUUAGAUCGUGUAUCUGCUUUCACAACCAGACCAGAUACUCUUUUUGGUGUGGAUUAUGUGGCACUAUCUCUCAACCACCCUGUUUCCGAGUGGUACUCAAAACAACAUCCUCAACUGGCCAAGUUCCUGGAAGAGGCUAAAAAUUUACCUGAAGAUUCUAAGGCCGGGUUCAAAAUUCCUGGCUUGUUUUUAUCUAAUCCGCUAACUCCUGAUACCUACGAUAUUCCUGUGUUUGUUGCUCCUUAUGUGAUUGGCGAUUAUGGACAUGGUGCAGUGAUGGGUUGUCCGGGCCAUGAUCUUAGAGAUAACGCUUUCUGGGCAGAGAAUAACCCCGGUGUCGAACCAUCUGUUGUUGUACGCCCAGCAAGCGAUACUGUAGCUCCCGGUGAGAUUUUUGCUGGAAAAGAUGGUAUUCUAAAUGAAAAGUCGGGCCAGUUUGCUGGUCUCACAUCUAAAGAAGGAGGUUCGGCCAUCAUUGACUAUGUAUCCAAAUUGAAUGGACUGGCAUCCAAAACAACUCAACUCAAAUUGCGUGAUUGGCUCAUUAGUCGUCAACGUUUCUGGGGUGCUCCGAUUCCUAUGAUUCAUUGUGAAACAGACUGUGGAAUUGUUCCUGUACCAGAAGAAGACCUGCCAGUAUUGCUUCCCGAUGGAUUAGGUGCUCCAUUAUCAACUAGUGAGGAAUUUACUAAGACCACAUGUCCUAAAUGUGGAGGACCUGCUCACCGUGAUACCGAUACUAUGGAUACUUUUAUGGACUCUUCGUGGUAUUUUUUCCGUUACACAGAUCCUAAGAACCCAAACCAGCUGUUCGACUACGAAAAAGCGUCAACUCUGAUGCCCGUUGACUUGUAUAUUGGUGGUGUGGAGCACGCGAUUCUGCAUUUGCUCUACUCUCGAUUCAUAUCCAAGUUUCUCGCCGAAACCGGAGCAUGGUCCGGUGGUGAUUUGAAUGGAGAGCCUAUCAAACGACUUGUAACUCAAGGAAUGGUACAUGGUAGAACCCUGAUCGAUGGCGAGACUGGGAGGUUCUUGAAACCCGAGGAAGUUGAUGAGUCGAAUCCUCAAGUGGGUCCUAUUAUUAAGAGUACCGGCAAGGUUGCUGAAAUCAGUAGCGAGAAAAUGUCGAAAUCCAAGUUCAACGGAGCAGAUCCUGUCAAGUGUAUAACCAGCCAUGGUGCUGAUGCUACUCGUGCGCACAUUCUGUUCCAGGCUCCAGUGAGCGACGUUCUAAACUGGGAGGAGCAACGUAUCGUUGGAAUUGAGAGAUGGCUGGCAAGAGUUCAAUCCGCCGUAGACUCUACAAUUGAAAAGGGGCUGGAUACUACUAGUGAACUGGAUGUCUCGAAACUGAGCGCUGAAGACGUUAAACUGUGGAAUGAAGUUCAAAAGAAGAUCGAGCAAAUAACCGCUGCUCUUCACGAAGACCUGUCUAUGAACACACUUAUCUCUGACUACAUGAAACUUACAAGAACCAUACUCAAUGGACUCGAAUCACCCACCACCUCACCCGCCGUUCUUUAUAAGAGUACCAAGACUCUGUUACAGCUUAUCUCACCUGUCACUCCUGCGAAUGCCGAGGAAGGCUGGGAAAAGCUGCUUAAAGCCGACGGCAAGGAAUGGACUACCAUAUUCAAUCAGCGAUGGCCUCAGCCUUCACCUAUCGAAGUUACUAUAAAGGCGUCUGGAAAGCACCGAAUAAUCAUCAAUGGAAAAUCGGUUUUUGAACUUGAAAUUACCGAUACUAGCAUUUCAGACGAUGAACUCAUCGCUCUCAUCAGAUCCAACGGCGGCGACGAGCACCUCGCUGGAAAGACCAUCAAACGGGUCAUCCGCCCUGACGGCAAGCCUGCUGUCUCUCUCAUUGCUGCAUAA